AUGAAGAUGUUGAAAACCAGAGCAAACUCAACUAUGGGCCCUUUUGAGAUCUCCAUCAAAGCUCCAAUCUUUAACCAUGCACAGAUGGAUUAUUCGUGGAUCUAUGCCACACUCAUAGAUGAAACCACUGCUCUCAAGCUUUACAGUCAAAAGUCACUGGAUAUGAAACCUGGACUAUCGAUGUGAAGAAUCUCCCCGCUUGGCGAGGUGGAAGUGAUAUGGUCAGGGGAAGAAUCGAGAUGGUAAACGCCGGUAUACUCUUCGGAUUUAGCUAA